UUUACUUUCUCCUUUCCUUUUUAAAGGAAAAGAUAGAGUGUUUAAUACUCCAUUGUGUGAACAAGGAAUUGUGGGAUUUGGAAUCGGAAUUGCAGUCACCGGUGCUACCGCAAUUGCCGAGAUUCAGUUUGCAGAUUACAUUUUCCCGGCUUUUGACCAGAUUGUCAAUGAAGCUGCCAAGUACCGCUAUCGCUCCGGGGAUCUUUUCAACUGUGGGAGCCUCACCAUCCGGGCACCGUGGGGCUGUGUUGGCCACGGCGCUCUCUAUCAUUCUCAGAGUCCUGAAGCCUUUUUUGCGCAUUGCCCAGGAAUCAAGGUACCCUUGUUUAUGUCCGUGAUUUGUUCUGCCUCUGGACUCUCUACUUUGGUGAUUCUCUUAAUGUUAACUCAUCUCAUAAUCUAA